CAGCUUUGGCCGCUUCUUUUGACUGUUGUGGGAAUUAUUACAUGUGUUUGAUAGGCAGGUUUGGAUUCUGAUAGAACUGAUCAUGCCAAAUAAAAACAAGCGGUUGGUGUAAGCCAUCACAUCAUCAUUUGUAUUUCCUUCCAUCUAAUCGAGAGAAAAUUGAGAGAAAAUUUAAUCGAUCGGCAUGGAAGGGAAGAUUGCAGGAGCCGUGUUUACUUUUUCUGUUGAGGGAAUACUGUCGAAGGUGGCGUCACUUGCUGCUCAAGAACUCAGUCUUGCUUGGGGUUUCAAAGCUGAACUAAAACGGCUUCACCAUUCAUUACUCACCAUUCAGGAUUUCUUGCAAGCUGUUUCCGAUCAACCACAAGAUCGGGUCAUGGUGGUGGAGGAGUGGGUGAGGAAGCUUAAAGCUAUAGCUCAUGAAGCUGACGAUGUGUUGGAUGAGUUCAAGUACGAAGUUGUUCGCCGUAAGGUUGAACUCCAAAAUCAUAUGAAGAAAAAGGUACUUAACUUCUUUUCACUCUCCAAUCCAUUUGCAUUUCGUUUGAAAAUGGCACAUAAAAUUAAGAACAUCAACCAGUCCUUGGUAGAUCUCAAGGGUGAGGCAUCUUUCAUUGGUCUAGUUUCCAAGAGAAUAGAUGCAACCCCUCGAGGAAAUAGAUGGGACAGACAAACCAACGCAUUCAUUGGCAGAGAUGAAAUAACUGUUGGAAGGGAAGACGAUGUCUCAAAAAUAGUUACAAACUUGACCGACGCCAGAUACAAUCAAGAAAAUCUUGCGGUUAUGGCCAUUGUGGGAAUGGGAGGCAUCGGAAAGACAACGUUGGCCAAGUCAGUUUACAAUGAGGAUCUGAUACGCAAGUUUUUCGAAACAAAAAUAUGGGUUUGUGUAUCGAACACUUUUGAUGUCAAUUUGAUUCUACUCCAGAUGUUAGAACAGCUUAAUCCGACAAAAGUCCCUUCGAAAGAUAACCAGAAUGCUUUGCUUAUGUUCCUUAAUGAAGAGUUGAAAGAUAAAAGAUACUUACUUGUACUUGAUGACGUUUGGAAUGAAGAUUCCGAAAAAUGGAAUAAUUUGAUGGAAUGUUUAUUUAAGCUUAAAUCUGCUGGGGGAUCCAAAAUCAUUGUCACUACUCGCAGUACAAAAGUUGCAUCAAUAUCAGAAAAACUACUUCGACGACAUGGUCUGGGAAAACUUACUGUGGAUGAAUGUUGGUCUAUCAUGAAAAAGAAAGCCUUCCCAAAUAGCAGUGCUCAUAUAGUUCCCCAGUUCAAGACAAUUGGAAUGAAAAUUGCUGAAAAUUGUGGUGGUAUUCCAUUGAUGGCAAAGGUUUUGGGAGGCAUUUUGCACACUAAAAACAGUAUUGCUGAAUGGUUGUUGUUUAAAGAAAGUGGAAUAUGGAACAACCUACCGAAAGGAGAAGAUAGAAUUAUGUCAGUCUUGAAGUUGAGUUUUGACAAUUUAGAAUCACCAUCAUUGAAGCAAUGUUUUGCAUAUUGUUCAAUGUUCAAGAAAGAUUUUGAAAUUCAAAGAGAGAAUUUGAUUCAACUUUGGAUGGCUCAAGGACUACUCCGCCCUUCACUUGGCGAAAGUAAAGAUAUGGAGGAUAUAGGCAAUGAAUAUUUUGAGAUUCUAUUGCAGAGCUCCUUAUUUCAAGAUGCUACAUUGGAUUAUAAUGGCAUUAUUAGCGAAUGCAAGAUGCACGAUCUUGUGCACGAUUUGGCAAAACUUGUAUCCAGAUUUGAAAGCUUGACAGGAGACUUCCAUGGCAUAGAUAAUACAAAUGAGAUUCGACAUGUUGCUCGAGUUUCUACUUCUAUACUGAAAAAAAUUCCAGAAAGAAGUGCUGGAAAAUUGCGAUCACUGGUCUUUGAAGAGGGUGAAGUUCCUAUUAAUAUUCUGCCACGGUUCAAAGCUUUACGCAUCUUGAAUCUAAGUAAUGCUAAUAUUGAAGAGUUUCCAACUUCAGUUGAAAGGCUGAAACACUUAAGGUAUCUUGACAUUUCUAAAACAAGGUUCAAAUUACUCCCCAGCUCUAUAGGCAAGCUCUAUAACUUACAGACGUUAAGAGCAACAAAUUGUGCCCUUCAAGAGUUUCCAAAAGAAUUGCAAAACUUGGUCAAUCUGAGGCAUAUUUAUUUUGAUGAGAGUACAAAAUUUCCACAGGGGUUAAGGUGGUUGACUUGCCUUAGAACGUUACCAUACUUUUUGGUGGGUAAUGAGAUUGGUCGUCGAAUUGAAGAGUUGGCUGGCUUGAAAGAAUUGAAAGGUGAAUUAGUUGUUUGUAAUCUGGAACACGUAGACAAUGGAGAAGAAGCAAAAAAAGCUAAACUAGAGGACAAGAAAAAAGUAUGCCAUUUGACACUCAGAUGGACGAGAUAUAGGUCAACAACUGACAACAAUGACGAGGGGGAUGUACUGGAAGGCCUCCGACCGCAUCCUGAUUUAGAGAGCUUGAGUAUUGAAAACUUCAUGGGCGAUAAGUUUCCAUCGUGGAUGAUGAGUAGACCAUUACAACUCAACAACUUGAAGAAGAUUCAGUUAUUUGGAUGCAACAAAUGUGAAGCAGUCCCACCGCUUGGUCAUCUACCCAAUCUUACGGAGCUUAAGAUUAGCGGAAUGGCUAACUUAAAAAGUUUUGGAGUCAUUGAUUAUGAUCUUGCCCCCGAUGUAUUCGGUUCUUGUGGUUCUCUUGAGAGAUUGAUUAUUCGUAAUUGUGAAAAACUGAGGCAGUUGCCGGAUGGGCUAGACACACUUCCUCUCCUUGAGUACCUGGGUAUAUACAGAUGUCCUAAUCUAGAAUUGAUUCCAAUUACACAGGGCAUGGCAUCGCUACGCAGAUUAGAGAUUUAUCAUUGUGAACAAUUGUCACGACUACCGAGUGGGUUAGACUACUGCACCUCUCCAGAAGUUGGUUGUUCAUAACUGCAGUGGUUUGUCUGGCCCAUUGAGUGGGCUUCAAGGCUGCACCUCUCUCGUGGAAUUGUUUAUAUGGCGUUGCAUUAAUCUGACAUCAAUUGAAAUUAAAGGCGGCGCGUCUCUCACCACUCUUCAGAAGUUGACAAUCAGAUAUUGCGAUGAACUAUCGAGCUUACCUGCUCUUCCACAACACUUUCCCUCUCUUCAGCAAUUGUAUAUAAGUGAAUGCCCGAAGCUAUCGUCGUUUGGUGUCCAAAGUAGCAGCAUUGAGGAGAAAUGCGUUUCAGAUUUGCGCACAAUGAUACCCCUUCAACAACUGAGGAUUGAAUACUGUGAAGGAUUGGAAAGUUGGGUGAGCGGGCUGCAAUUCCCAGUCUCUCUCGAGUGGCUGGCAAUAAACGAUUUCCCAAAUUUAGAGAUUCUUCCAAGUUUAGACAACCUCAAUUCUCUCUGUUAUUUGGAGAUCAGAAAUUGGCGAAAGCUAAAAUACUUGCCGGCGGGACUACGGUGGCUCCCUCGCCUUGAGGAAAUUACAAAUGGGUCCGUUCUGGGAGGAGCUCGAUUCCUUCCCUGAUUUUGGAGUUGGAUCAUUGAUGCAUCUUACAAUGCUAGACUUGUGGGGUUGGCCUAAGCUCAAGUCCUUGCCUCAACAGAUUCAACACUUCACUUCUUUGACAGAUUUGAUGAUAGUUUCAUUUGACGGAGUGGAGACUUUGCCAGAAUGGUUGGGUAACCUUACAUCCCUUACACAGUUGGAGAUUCAAGAUUGCAAGAAUCUGUUGAAUUUACCUAGUGUCGAAGCUAUGCAACGUCUCACCGAAUUACAAAUCCUAGACAUUUCCGGAUGUCAUCCUCUUUUAGAGCAAAAAUGCACCAGGGACAACGGCACAGAUUGGCCUAAGAUUGCUCACAUUCCGAAUAUCACAAUUAAGAGUCUGGGACAACGGUUGGAUUGAAGCUACGCAACGCCUUUAGAAACUGCAACAAAUGAGUUGCGGAAAAACCAAAGUAUGUACAGUGGAUAUUCAUGGAUGCAACUUCCGCAUUGGAAUUAAUCCCUGUAAGCUUUUCAAAUCCGCACCUCCUCCUCUUCAGUGGCAUCUAUAUUUCUUUUGGCAUGCCGUGGCGUUUUUUCAGGAUGCUCAAUAGGUGCAAACUGAGUACAGGAAUCAACUUCAUGAUGUUCAAGGUUGAUCAUUGCAGCUUGAAUUAUUACAUUUGAAAUGGUGGACAAAGCUCAAGUCUCUGCCUCAGUUAAAUUUAACUGCUUUAUGUAUCGACUAUUUGAGGGAGUGGAGGCUUUACCAGAGUGGUUGGGGAACAUUACAUCCCUUAGAGAGCUGGGGAUGUAGAAUAAUUUGAUGAAUCUACCCUCUGCCAAGGCUAAGCAACGCUUCGCCAAUUUACUGUCGCAGUGAACUUAAGCAAUAACGUUCAAGAUCUUGGGACUUUUUGGGAUUCAAUGAGAAAUUUAGUUGAAGAGCAAUUAUCGAAAGUGAUAUUAUUGUUCAUGUGUUUGAAUGUAGGAUUUGGGUGGAAUCUGAGCUUUAAAGAGGAAGGUUUUGGCCUGCCUCCCCAGAGGUAGAAAGGUGCCUAUGAAGGCUGCAAAAAUUUCAGCAAGCUCAUUGGACCUCUAUAUUAGUCUCGAGAGUCUUCGAGGGAUGUUUUCGUUCAUGGAACUCACUCUGCCUCAGCGGUGGCAGGGAAUGCUGUUGAGGAUGUAAACUUUUAUGGCCUAGGAAACGGAAGAGGUGUUCCGGCUGCAAAAAUUGCAACAUAUAAAGUAUGCGAGCUUUUCUGCUGCGGUCAUAUCUGGUCAGAGCAUGUAACGUCUCAAAUGUCUCAGGAGGUUGUUGAGAAAUUUACGAUGCCAACAAAUUCGAGGGGACUUAAUUGUUCAUCCUUCAGCGGAUUACCUUUCGUUCUGCAGGCCAUACUUGUUUUCUUUGUGAUGUUAAUGUUAACGUGUUCCGUAAUUCUUCUCAAAUGGCAGUACUUAUUGUGAAUCUAAAAGUAUUGAAUUAUUGUCAUUUUUCUUGUUUCUUCA